AUGAGUUCUCAGUGGCUGAGUAAGGCUUUCAUGAAGAAGAUUUGUGAGAACCCUAAAACGAAGUUGAAAACCUUGAUAAAGAAGGCUCAUACGAAUUGGAAUGUUGACCUCACAAAUACCAAAGCUACCAGAGUGAAGCAGCAAGCGUUGGAUGAGAUUAAUGGUACUUGUGGAGAGCAAUAUAGGAGGAUACAUGACUAUAGUGCCGAGUUACUAAGGUCAAAUCCAGGUAGCACUGUUCGGAUACAAGUGCAAAGACCUCCUGAAUUUCAAUUAGAGACACCAAUCCCUGAGGCUAGAGAGAAACCCAUAGUGUCUAUGUUAGAAGAUAUUAGGGUUUAUCUAAUGAAUAGGUGGGCUGAAAAUAGACAAAGUAUAAUUACAUAUAAUGGAGAAAUUUUGCUAAAAAUAAACACGAAAAUUGAAAGAGAGUUUGAUAAGGGUGGGGAGUGGUUGGCCAUCUAUGCGGGUAGGGACAAGUAUGAGGUGUCCAACAGCCAGGGUAAUAGAGACAAAUUUGUUGUGGACUUAAAGUUACAUGGGUGCUCCUGUAGAAAGUUUCAAAUAACAGGUUAUCCUUGUGUGCAUGCCAUGAGUUGCAUUAAGAAAAUGUGUUUAGAUGUUAAGAACUAUGUGAACAAGUGCUAUAAGAAAGAUACCUACGUGGACUGCUAUCAACAUGUAAUCUACCCUAUGAAUGGAUCAAAUAUGUGGGAUCGAACUCAGAAUGAUGAUGUACUACCACCAGUGUUUAAGAAACCAAUAGGGCACCAAAAAUUAAGCAGGAACAAGGCUGGUGAUGAGUCAUGCAACAAUGGACCACUGUCAAAAUUAUCCAGGGCUAGACAACAAUAA